AUGGAGUUUGCCAACAAUUUCACGCUGAAUCGUCACACUAAGGCGGUCAAUGUAUUGGCUGUCAGCAAGCAUGGAUCAUUGCUCCUUACUGGAGGUAAUGAUGGAUGUGUUGUUGUUUGGAGUCUCACAUCGGGUGAAAUGAUCCAGGAAAUACAUUCACCAGCGGCAGGAUAUAUUAGUGCCAUUAUCUGGGCGGACAUCGAUGAUCGCGGAGAAACUAUGUUCGCAUUUGGAGCAUCCAAUGGCAACAUCCAAAUGUAUGAAUAUGAUGCACUUUUUGAAUUCCGGAGUGCUACCAUUGGCCAUUUGGGUGCGAUUGAGUCUCUUGCAUGGGAUCCCAAUUAUUGCAGACUUGCGAGUGCUGGCGACGGUCACCCACAAGUUUGGAACCUCAGACCAGACAAGACAUUCACACCAAUGGUCUCUCAGCCCGAGAAGCAGGUAUAUGUUGCGUGCACCAUCCACUUUUAUGACAAGGGUGCUUCAUUAUUGGUGUCAUACCUGGAAAGUGGUGAUAGCCUUGGGAUCUCAAAUGGCACUGAAAAAGUCUCAAGCAGAAUCGGCAAUGCUGCUCUUGAUGGCAAUUACUUGCUCGUGAGCAACCUCAAAGACGGGGUUGACAAAUAUGCCAUUCCCAACCUCACACAUGUGCAGUCCUUCAACCAUGUGAUUUUGCGCAAUAUUCCUUUGCAAAUCUCUGUUGCUCGACAGUCGGGCUUACUGUUCGUGGGCGGUGAUGAUGGGUUUGCUCAAAUUUUUGAUUACACCACAGGUGCAUACCGUGGACAGUUGGAUCAUGGUAGUCGUGGCGAUUGCAUCACACCUGUAGUGUCUCACGAAGGACGCUCAAAGUGUCUUGUUAUCACUGGCACCUGCCUUAAUGGGCAUAGUAGCAUGAAAGUAUGGGGGGAGAGUGAUGUGAUGCCAGAGGAGCAUGUAACAUCUCUUUCAUCCCCAUCCCCAUCAACCGCAGUUCAACUAGUUCGGUUUGCUAUAAUCUGCGUGCUUGUGAAUGCCCUUAUGCAUGCUCUGCAAUCAGGCGCCUUUUCGACACUUUAUGUGUUACUUUGA